CCUUUCCCUUGGCGGAGACGCGGUGGUGCAGCUGCGACCUCCAUUUUAGCGGGUGCGGCGACCCCCGCGAUCUUUUCGUCGGAUUCAAGCGAGCGCGAGUCUGCUGCCCUAUACCACGUCAGGCGUUGGGGCGGGGACUCCGUCGGAUUGGCUUCGAAUUCAUCCAUCGAUCAAGAAUGUCGAGCCUCGAGGAACCACUUGGUCUUGGGGACCUGCCAAAGUUGAGUAUUAAUAGACUUGGAAGGUUCUGCCAAAGUGCUUGCAGAUCAACAGCUGAUGACCGCAGCACCGGCAAUUACACGCCCAGCAACAGUGGCAACAACCAGACGCUCUUUCACAGCACUUCUCACUCAUGGCAUCUGCAAGGCCAGUAUACCGAUUCGUCCUGCAAUGGAGUGGAUAUGGAGUUUAGAACUCUUCCACAAAAGGUUUCGUGGGAUCUCCCAAGGUUUGUGAAGGUGGUUGAGGUUGGACCACGAGAUGGUCUGCAGAAUGAGAAGAACAUUGUACCGACAUCAGUAAAGAUUGAGCUGAUACACAAGUUGGUCGCUUCUGGUCUGUCAGUAGUUGAAGCCACAAGUUUUGUUUCCCCAAGAUGGGUGCCGCAGCUAGCUGAUGCAAAGGAUGUCCUUGAAGGGAUCCAGCAUGCACCAAAUGUGCGGUUUCCUGUGUUAACUCCUAACCUCAGAGGAUUUGAGGCUGCAGUUGCAGCUGGUGCAAAAGAAGUUGCGGUUUUCGCAUCCGCCUCUGAAUCCUUCUCUAAGUCGAACAUCAACUGUACCAUCGAGGAAAGCCUUGCUCGGUACCGUGAUGUUACUUCUGCUGCCAAAAAACAUGGAAUACGUAUCCGCGGGUAUGUUUCAUGUGUGGUGGGUUGCCCCGUGGAAGGCGCCGUGCAUCCAUCAAAAGUAGCAUAUGUUGCCAAGGAGCUUUACGACAUGGGUUGCGUGGAGAUUUCACUCGGUGACACGAUCGGUGUCGGUACGCCAGGCAGGGUAGUUCCUAUGCUGGAGGCGGUCAUGGCUGUCGUUCCGGCAGACAAGCUGGCCGUUCACUUCCACGAUACAUACGGCCAGGCCCUUGCCAACAUCCUAGUCUCUCUCCAGAUGGGGAUCGGCGUAGUGGACUCGUCUGUGUCGGGCCUUGGAGGGUGCCCGUACGCCAAGGGCGCCACGGGCAAUGUCGCGACGGAGGACGUGGUGUACAUGCUCCACGGCCUGGGGAUAGAGACCAACGUCGACCUCGGCAAACUCAUGGACGCUGGCGACUACAUCUGCAAGCACCUCGACCGGCCGUCAGGCUCCAAGACUGCAACGGCUCUGUGCAGGCUAACGGCCUGAGGACCCGUCAUACUGGAACUCCACAUUGCUGUCCGUCUAGCAUAUGCAUUUACGCAAGCCAUUUUGGUUGUUGUAUACCGUAUCAAUUUACUCUUGUCAGGUGAAAAUUAUCAGGAACGAUUUAUAUGUACCAAUUCGUAUCCUCAGUUCUCAUGAUCUUGAAUAAUCAGAGCCCUCUUUCGUCAUAAUAGGAAGUUGUGACCUCACAGAAAAAUGUAUGAAAAUGGAGAACAAUUAACCGAACUGUGUAAUAAAUUGCCAAUUUUCGUAUUGCAUAGCUUAAAAAUGUGCAAUGCAAUCAUUUUCCCAUAAA